GGUGUGGUUGAAUCGUGUUUACGAGAUCUAACGUUAGCAAGCGCAGACCGGGUGACUUAAUCUGAAACUACGUUAUUUUAUUAUAAUACUGCAAUUUAGAGCUUUGAAUACAAAAACACCUCAUGCGAAUAUGCAUUAGGCCUAUUGCAUGUUUAAAAAAAAAAAUUGUGUACCAAUGGGUGGGUUUCCUGCUCCUCUGGCAAGAUAGCCCAGUCGCUUUUAAAUUAUAAUUUAAAUUUUUCUCUCAAGAGUUUAAGCCUCUGUGUUUGUCAAUUUAUUUAAUAAUUCAUUUUUUGACGAGGAGGCGACGGUCAUUACGAAGCGAGGGAGUGAGGGGAGAGAAGGAGGAGGAAGAUAUCCGCGAACUAGCAGAGGAGGAAGGAAGCGAGGAUCACGAAAACCACAAUCAAGAGAAAAACUGAGUCACAAAAAAGCUAUUUACUAAUUUCAUAUGGUUCAAUGCAUUUUCUUUGAUGCGUGGACAGAUUGCAAUUGUGUUCAAUCCGCUCCAACAAAGAUGUUUUCGAGUUUAUGAAGGUCUCGGGCGUAGAAAGGCAAACCAUUCUGAAGAGGAAACGGGAACACAACAGCAGAACUCAUCUUUUCAAGGGGUCCAGUCAAACGGAGAUAUGGUGUCUCUGUACUUCGAUCUAAUAUUUAUUUGAUGUGUAGCCUACAGUGGAGAUUCAUUGAGCAAAAAUCUAGAGAAGACAAGGAGCCGAGAGGAUAUUGAAAAUAUCUGCAUAUUUCUGUCCCUAUAUUGUUUUAUUUUCUAAGGAAAAAGGGGCCAAUAAACAUCCCCAGCCUUUUUGAAACAUUAAAUCCAGACUGUAUUCGAGAAAGACUACCAACCUCAUCGGAAACAUUACCUAACAGGUGACUGACUGAGUGACAGAGGACUUCGACGAGGCCAGGGACCAAUCCAAAAUGAGCGAGCUGGAGCAGCUGCGUCAGGAGGCGGAGCAACUUAGGAACCAGAUAAGAGAUGCCAGGAAAGCAUGUGGGGACUCAACCCUGACACAGAUAACGUCAGGUCUGGAUCCCGUGGGGAGGAUUCAGAUGCGGACGAGGCGCACUCUCCGUGGCCACCUGGCUAAGAUCUAUGCCAUGCACUGGGGCACAGACUCUAGGCUCCUGGUCAGCGCCUCUCAAGAUGGAAAACUGAUCAUCUGGGACAGCUACACCACUAACAAGAUGCAUGCUAUCCCCCUGCGCUCCUCCUGGGUGAUGACCUGUGCGUAUGCCCCCUCUGGUAACUACGUGGCCUGUGGAGGUCUGGACAACAUCUGUUCCAUCUAUUGCUUGAAGACCCGCGAGGGCAACGUCAGGGUCAGCAGGGAAUUACCCGGACACACAGGUUACCUGUCCUGUUGCCGUUUCAUCGAUGACAACCAAAUCAUCACAAGCUCAGGAGACACUACCUGUGCACUGUGGGACAUCGAGACAAGCCAGCAGACCACGGUGUUUUCUGGCCACAGCGGUGACGUCAUGAGCCUGUCCCUGUCUCCAGACUUCCGCACCUUUGUGUCCGGAGCCUGUGACGCCUCCAUUAAGCUGUGGGACAUCAGGGACAGCAUGUGCCGACAGACGUUCACGGGCCAUGAGUCUGAUAUCAACGCAGUCUGUUUCUUUCCCAACGGCAGCGCCUUUGCCACCGGCUCCGACGACGCCACCUGCAGGCUGUUUGACCUGCGCGCCGACCAGGAGCUCAGCCUGUACUCUCACGACAACAUCAUCUGUGGCAUCACCUCCGUGGCCUUCUCCCGCUCCGGACGGCUGCUGCUGGCCGGCUACGACGACUUCAACUGCAACAUCUGGGAUGCCAUGAAGGGAGAUCGAGCAGGAGUGUUAGCCGGCCAUGACAAUCGCGUGAGCUGUCUAGGUGUGACUGAUGAUGGCAUGGCGGUGGCCACUGGGUCCUGGGACAGCUUCCUCAAGAUCUGGAACUGACAAGUUACCUGAGCCAUGCACACACACACAUUACACACACACACAUAGACACAUACAUACAGACACACACAUAGACACACACACACAUACCCACACGCAAACACAAUAUUGAUCAUACAAAGUAUUCACAUCUCACAUUUUGGUACACAUAGUUUGCACACUGUAUUCACACUGUACGUAAAGAUGUACACAUACACACAUACACAUUAAAACAUUGUACAUAAUAUAUAUAUAUAACGCCAAUUAGGUAUGAGUUUACACAGACACACAAAUGCCACUUGCAAUUGUACAUGUUACCAAUCACAUUGUAUGCAGGAAGAGUCCACCAGAAUUACAAACAAAUGCCCACACUACCCACAACAGAUAUAUAGGUACACAGUACACACACAGUUAUAAUACAUUUGUAAUUGGAACUACCUUUAAAGACGUGACCAAAUUCAAUAAAAUCCUGACAUAUGCUAAACUAAAACACGCAUUUGAAAUGUCACAAUUUACCAGAUUUUUCAACACAAAUGUAUUCACACACACACACACAAACUUUAAGUGCAUGCACACAUACAUGCACACACACACUUUAAGUGCAUGCACACAUACAUGCUCACACAAACAUACAAAAAUAUAUACAUGCACACACAUCUACAGUACAUGUUUAUUUCUGAGUGAAACUCCAACUCUUGAGCUAAAUGGGGGAGACAAUUCUGUUUUUCGUUUGUUUACUCUGAAGUCCCAAAUAUCCUUAAAUCUGAUUUUCUGUGCUACAGUAGGUUUGUGUGUCUCUGUAACAGGGUGAAAAAAGUCACAGUUGAAGGAAUAGAGAGUGAUGGGCUGGAAAAGCAUGGUAAUAAGUGAAUCCAAUAACACUCAAGACACUACAGACAGGGAGAUAGAGAGCAGAAAGAAUGCCCAACUUUCCACAGUGACACUGUUAAAGGAAAAUCAAGAUAAACCAACAAUUCUUAAAGUUUCUUCUGGCUCAAACAAAAUGCUAUCAUGUAGUUACUGUUUUUAUAGAUAUGUACACCCACAUAUAUAAGUAAAUAUAUGAUAGUUUUGAUUUUGAUGUUUUUGUUGUAUUAAUUUUUUACGCCUAUUUUAUUCAUGUUUUCCCUGUGUGCCUCAGAUACACUUUAAGGAUAAUUAAUAGAGAAUAAUGAUGAAAUUAAACUAAAUGAAAUCAAUAAAACGAGAGAUUCAUAAGGUGAGCGAGAUUAUCAAGAGACAACUCUCAAAUAAGCAGGGGGCAAUAUUCAUACUUUGACUUUGUCAAUAUAUUAUGUCAACUUUAUGAUGGUAUACAUUGUACAUACUAUUAAUAAAUACACGUAGCCUCUCUUGCCA